AUGAGUUCUCGCCGGGAUCCUCCGGCGGGGUCACGCCCUACCUCACCAUUCGGGCGAAGGCCCUCAGUAUCGACUCACCAACCUCCUCCAUCAACCCCUCAAUUCGGUCGGGAUCCUCAUCUAGCUUAUGUAGCACCCCCAGCACGCACAAGUGAGGCGCCUGCACGCGAAUUUCCUCAUAAUGUUCCGAAGGGACCAAAGGCUUUAUAUAAUCCUCCUAUUCUGGCAUCAUCGGGCAUUGCUGGUGGUACAGGCGGGAAUGGUGGCCCCCCUACACAUUCGCCGCAUAAAUCAUCAUUUUCUAUGUCUUCGGCUACAUUGUCACCUCAUCAUGGAGGGCACGGGCAUCACUACCCCCAAGCGGGUGGACAGGGGUCUUCAUCCCGAGGGUCGGUCCCGCCUCCUGGGCCUCGUGGAGCACUUGGAAGAGGGGUUCCUGCAAUGCCAUCGGCAGGGCAGAGUCGAUCUCCCGUGUCGGCGCCUGGACCAGGAGGUGUAACCACUUCAGGGGGACCGGUCUUUUCGACAUACGCAACGUCAAACGAUAGUGAUAGGAUAUAUCGUGGAGGAAGGCGGAGAUCAAGUGAAUGGGAGCAAGGGGGGAUUGGAAGAGGCGGUAGAGGUCGAAGCCGGGAAAGGGAAUAUACCGAGUAUGGCCGUGGCGGAGGGAGUGAUUAUGGUUCCCGAGGAGGUGGAGCGUUCGGAGGUCCAGGUUUCAGAGAUCGAGACCGAGAUUUUAGGGACGGACGUGGCGGGUAUAGAGGCAGGUCUCGAGAAAGAGAGACGUUUCAGCAUAGGGCUAGGUCAUCCUCUCGAGAGAGGGAGAGAGGGAUGUCGGUUUAUUCAAGUGGAAGAGGGGACAGAGAUAGUAGGUCGGAUCGGGGCGGGUUUGCAGGAGAUAGGAGGUCUACAUUCGAAAGAGAGAGGCUAGAAAGAGAGCGAGAAAGAGAUCGCGAACGGGAACGUGAUCGAGAGCGUGAAAGACCACCAUAUAAGGCUGAUCGAGAACCUAGAGAGCCUAGGGCUGCGGAGAGAGCUAGGGAGGUCUAUGACCCGAGCCCGCUGGAACAAAGAGCUAGCCGUGGAGAGAGAGAACGCGAAAAAAGAGAGCGGGAUGCUGCAGAAUAUAAUCGCAACCGUGAAGCUGAACGAGCUAGGUUUUCGAGCUCCGCGCCUAAUCCAGUACCCUCUGGCACCCCGCCGCCGCCAGUUCCAGCAUACCAUGGAGGCUAUCAACCAACCACGGGCCCAACGGGACCCAGCUCUUAUUCAGCAUCUCAGCAAGCACAGAAUCGAAUACAGCCUUACCAGGGUGGUAAUAACUCUAGCACACCCGGACAGUGGAAUCCUCCACAACCACGAAGAUCCAUCAGUGGAAUGGGAGGCGGUAAUAAUGUGUUGCCACCUAUGGCCAUGUAUCGUGACAGGGAUAAAGAUCACGAAAAGGAAAAAACCGAGAGAGACGUCAACGGAAAGGUAGACUACCGUCUAGAUACUCGUAAUGAUCGUGUCCCACAACCAAAAAAGGAGCCAACGGAAGAUGGAAAACUGCAUUCACCUUCUUCUUCAACAGAGAUAAAAGUAUCUACACCAUCCACAACGAAUACUUUGGGCACUGCAAUAACACCCCUCUCUGCAACCAAACCGUACUCACCACCUCCACCGCCCUCGCAGCCACCCUCAGGUCCUAGGCUUGGUACAGGGGCUCUUCCGCCUACUGGGCCUAGAGGUCUUCCUCCUACCGGACCAAGGGCAGGCAUAGACCGGGAAAAUCGUAAGGAAGUAGAUAGGAAGUGGGGUUCGAAGGAGAGGGGGGCAUCUGUAGAGCACGUAUGGAAUAAUGCUCCUCCAACACAGCCACAUCAUCUCCACUCUCAGAUGCAGCCACAAUCAACGCCUUUAAAGACACCCACUACUGCAGGGGCGCCCACUAGGUCAGAUGUUGCUCACGUACACCCGGAUAGGAUGAGAGAAAUCGAGACCGCUGUUAAGGGCGAGGAUGACCGAGAUAGGGCUCACAAUCAGGUUUCACAGCAUAUUCCAGAGCAACCAUCAUCAUUUGUAAAUGUUGAUUCCGGGCCCAACGCUUCCAGUGAGGUUUGGAGCACUCCAUCUCACCCUUCUUCACAACGGCCCCCAAGUGCAUCCCCAUCAGUUCCGUUUAGGCCGGGCCCAGCACCAUCAGGUCAGGGUUUCAGGAAUAUCCUCAAUCCCGUCGGUGGAUCUGGAUAUGGCAAUACAGUCGGCUCUGUACAACCCACACCCACAGCCCCCGCAGGCAUCAGUAAUAGUCCAACAAAAGUAAUUCAACCACCUACCGCGCCAAGGGCUUUGCAAACCCCUAGAGGUGGCGCAUAUUGGCGAGGAGGACGAAAUUAUAGAGGUUCCAGUUUCGGAGGUCCAAUUGUCAAACGAGAAGUUGACGAUGGCGGGUUCAUGGGGCAUAGAAAUGGACGCGGGGGUAAUAUGGGCAUGAUGAACAACAGUAUGAGGGAUAUGGGGAUAGGCAGAGGCAGAAGGAAUUCUCGAACUGGCAUGGAAGCAGAAAGGCCUGCUGCUAGGGAAGAUGUAGAAAUGGCUGAUGCUCAUUCGCAUGUUAGGCCAAAAGAGGAGAAGAAACCGGAAACACCAGUCAAGGAGAAUAGAGAGGUGGAAAUGCCCGAGGCUCCGAAAUCCGUGCCAGAAAAGAGAGAGCCAACUCCGGAGAAACCGCCGCCGCCUCCACAGACCCCGAUAAUAAAAAUUGAGGAGGACCCCGAAGAUGAGGAGGACGAUUUGGUGUUGACCCAGGAAGACGUGAGAUUUAAAAUUACUGAGAUCGAUAAGGAUAUUGAGGCUCUCGAGAAAAAGGUCACUGAGCUCGGGAAAAAGAAGGCUCAUCAUGCUGCUGAGAUUGCCCGAAUAGAUAAGGAGAUUGAACAUGCUGCAAAGACAGAAGCUGAAAGAUCUCCUAGAACCAUGGAACCAGAGAUAAAGACACCCGUUGAGCAAAUGGCCGAGAUGGAGUUAGAUAAACCAGAGCCGGAAAACCCAGAACAGUCAAUGGAGGAAGACCACGAUAUGCAAGAGAAGCUCGAGUUUCUUGAACAGAAGCAGCAACAGCAACAGCAAGAGGAGCAGAACGAACAGCAAGAGCGGCAACAGGAAGAGAGAGUUGAAUUGCAGUUACAACAGCAACUCCACCAGCAGCAGAAACAGCAAAGUCAACACGAGAUAGAGUUUGAUCAUUCGGAGAGUGCGUUGCGAACGCCAUCUAUUUCACCGCCCCGAACGCCUUCAGCCUCUAAUUCGCCAACUUCAGUAGCCUCAAUCGAAACCGAGUCUGAUGAGUCACUUCAGAAUAAUGCAAGGCAUCUACUGCACCCUGAUCUGCCUUUCUACCGCCCUGGCCCCCAGAUGAAGCCAUCGGAGUAUGACUUUUAUCAGGAAAAUAUUGAACAUCACGAAAGUAUUAGGGACCUAAUCGUUGCUCACAUCUCUGAAGAGAGAAAGACUUCUUUCGAGAAGGAAACCAAGUUAAAACGCAAGUUCAAAGACUUAUUCGAAACAUGGUACAGCGAGUGCCGUGAAAUGGACAAGGAAUCUAUCCGGAAGAAAAAGGGCACCUCCGAACCAGCAGAAAUUGGAGUAUCGCCUGUGCUCGCGGGAACUGUGGCUCCGGAGACGGUUGGAAGGCGCGCGGGGAGAAGUGCUCCAUCAGAUGUAGUCAGGAGUGAAGCUGAGAUGCAACAGGUUCUCAAGGGUCUAGCCGAAGAGGAGCAACAAAAAUCCGCUGACACUAGAUCAAAGGACCAAAACGCGCGGGAAGCUGUCGUUCCAGAUAUGAUUAUGGAUCCCACGGAGCUCUUGAUCUUCAAAGACACAAACAGACUGCUGAGAACUGAUGAUGAAAUAUUGACGGCAUUCAGGUACGAUGUCCCGGCUGAUGACUGGUCUGAUAGCGAGCACAAGCUCUUUUGUGAAAGGUAUACGAUGUUUCCCAAACAAUGGGGUAAGAUUGCCCAAGAAAUCGAAGGCCGGGACUUCAAGGCGUGUAUACUCCACUAUUACAUGACCAAGAAAACAUGCAUUUACAAAGAGCUUGUCAGAGGACCCGGUAAGAGAGGGAGGACGAAAGGGAGGAGAAAGGCGGCGAGUAGUCAGAGGACGAGGCAAAGCGCUUUAAUUGCAGACCUUGGCCGGAGAAGCGGAGUUGGGGAAGAAGAUGAAGGUGCUGAUUCAGAAGACGUUACCCCCGCCGCAAUGACCGAGACAGGAAGACCAAAACGGGCUGCUGCGCCAGUUUUUGGCGCCGACGCGAAUAACAACAACAACAAUAACAACAAUCUUGACCUAGAGUUAUUGGGUACGAACGGCAAGAGAGGUGGUAGAGAAUCAAAGGGCGGCGAUGAUGAUGGGGAGAAAACUGAGAGAGGCACAAAGCGGGCCAGAGGUGGUAACAACGCAGGGCGAGAGAAACAGAAGAGAGUCAAGGCACCAGCUAAUCCACCUGUUCAGCCCGCACUACCCGCUCCUAUUCAACCCGUUUUGGCCCCCGUUCCUGAAAAAGUCGAGAAGAAGGAAGAGAAGAAGAAGGAGGAUCUUCGAGAGAGAGAGUCUGACGCUGUCUCCGCACUGACCGGGAUGGGAAUGGCCCUCGAGAUAUUGUCAGAGCCUAUGAUUAUAGAAGACAAUAAUCCUUUAAUCAUUCAGCAGCCUAACCAGAACCAAUUGGCCGAGCAACCACCUACACCACUUCAACAGCCUCCUACUCUUCCCACAACGCCUCCCAUACCUUUACCGACUACACCAACCCCGAAAAAAGAUAAGGGUGACCGAGCGGAGAAACCAAUUGCGCAAACCUCGAGUUAUUGGAGUGUGCCGGAGCAAAGUGAUUUCCCUCAUUUGUUGGCGUCCUUUGGCACGAAUUGGCCUCAGAUUAGUUUAAGGCUAGCGUCGAAAACAACUGUGAUGGUGCGAAAUUUCUAUACUAGACAAGUCGAGAAUGGUAAAAGCGAGUAUAAGGAAAUCGCCGAGAGCGCAGACCGUAAAAUCAAGGCUGGAGAGGUUAUGCCAGACCCCCCUCCACCGGCUGCAUUACCGAAGAAGCGAUACGAGACGACGGUUUCGACGCCGAGAAUGAUCAUAUCAAAUGCGGAUCCCUCAGCGACGCCGCCACCACCAGGCUCAACGGGGACACCAGGGCCAUCUACUAUGUCUUCGCUUCCUAGUACUCCUACACCUAUACCAAUCCAGAUGCCGAUGCCAGUGCAGGUGCAGGUGCAGGUGCAUGUGCAGCCUGCUGCCCCGGUGCAAGGACCCGCUGCUCCAUCUCAAACACCUGUUGCCAUCAAGGAAGAAGUUGUGGUCAGGGCUCAACAACCGAUAAUGCAGCCAAUAGCGCCACCGCAGCUACACUCGCAACCAGCCACACCUCAGUCCAUGAAACCGGUGGAGACGCCUAUUAGACGGCCUCACUCUGCAUCUAAUCCUCCCCAUCCUUCCAUCCAACAACGACCUGUGCCUGUGUCAGUCCCAGUUCGGAUGGAAAAUCCGAUGGGCAGGCAAGUCGAAAUGUCAAUUGAGAGGUCGCAAGAAAGGCCCGAGGGAUUUCGGGGGGGGUCAAACGCUAGUAGGGUACAUGAGAGACUCCCGGAAAGAGGACAGCAGGAGAGAAUGGCGGAGAAAUUUUCAGACGGGCCUCAUCCGAGAACACAUGAGACGCCAUUCGAGAGAGCACCGGAAAGGCCGCAGGAGAGAGCUCGGGGAGGGCGUGAUUUUGUGGAGAGAGCUAUUGAAAGACCACCUGAUAGGCACAUACAGGAGAGAAAUCCUGAUCGGCCCAUUGCUGAAAGAAUACCUGAGCAGAGGUCCGAACGGAUUCCGCCACUGCAGGAGAGGGCACACGAGAUGCCGCUUGAGAGGCCCCAGGAGAGGUUACCGGAGAGAGCACAAGAAAGGCGUGAAUCGUAUGUAGAGAGGCCGAUCGGGGGGUCCCACGAUAGGAAUUUGCAGGAAAGGAUGUCUGAUCGGAUGCCUGUUGAAAGGAUGCCGGUUGAAAGGAUGCCGGUUGAAAGGAUGCCGGUUGAAAGGAUGCCCGUUGAAAGGAUGCCCGUUGAAAGGAUGCCCGUUGAAAGGAUUCCCGAACAGCGCAUGUCGAUGCAAGAGCGGAUGGCUGAUAGGAUGACGGAGAGGCCCCAGGAGAGGUUACCAGAGAGAGCACAGGAAAGGCGUGAAAUCUAUGUAGGGGGACCGAUCGGGGGGUCCCAUGAUAGGAAUUUGCAUGAAAGGAUGUCUGAUCGGAUGCCCGUUGAAAGGAUGCCGGUUGAAAGGAUGUCUGAUCGGAUGCCGGUUGAAAGGAUGCCCGUUGAAAGGAUGCCGGUUGAAAGGAUGCCCGUUGAAAGGAUGCCCGUUGAAAGGAUGCCCGAACAGCACAUGUCGAUGCAGGAGCGGAUGGUUGAUAGGAUGACGGAGAGGCCCCAGGAAAGGGUGCAAGAAAGGGCACCGCCACCACCUUCGGAUAGAUAUCAGGAACGAUCACAUCAAACUCCUCCGGUCACUCCUCAGCACCCCACAGCACCGCACUCUCACGGACAUGCGAGGUCUUUAUCGCAGCAGAACCCGGUCAUUCAGCAGAAAAUCCAGGGGCAAGCCCAGCAGCAGCAACAGAUUCAGUCUCAGCAUCAGCAGCAGCAUGGAUAUUUUCAUCAGCGAACGCAUUCCCAACCGUCCUCUUUGUCGUCGCAGCCGUCCUUUAUCACCGCGCCCCAGCCCCAUCCCCACCAGAGAUCUAUUCAUUCACCCAUCACUGGGCCAACAGUUGAUCAUAGACACCAGAACCCCCCGGCUAUGGAGCAGAGACAUCCGAAUGCUGCUGUCUUGGAGCAAAGACAGCACAACCCUCCUGUUGUGGAACAGAGGCAUCAAAACCCACCUCCUAUGGAACAGAGGCAUCAAGGCCCCCCGACUAUGGAGCACAGACAUCAGAAUGCCCCCAUGGAUCACAGGCGCCAGAAUCCUUCUGCUAUGGAACAAAGACAUCAUAAUCCUGCCAUCAUGGAGCAAAGACGACGUGAACCUCCUGGCGUGGAACAGAGGCAUCAAAAUCCUCCUGUGAUGGAACAGAGGCAAGCACACACUGCGCAUCCACAGCUACAGGCUUCUGUCCCUCGCCCAACGUCAGCACCCUCGACAAUCCACCAACUUUCCGCUGGAUAUCAACCACCUUUGUCUGGGCCUCCUCAGCAUCAACCUUCACGUCCUCAAACACAUCAACCACCGACAAAUCCUACCCCGCCUCCAGGGCCAUCAUCAAAACGGCUGACAAGUAUCGACUCGUUGCUUAAUCCGAAAGAGGAGCCGCCGCAGCCACGGCCACAGAGUGGGUCAACAUACUUUGCCCAGCAACCUAGAUCGCAAACAAGGCCGCAGACUCCCCAGCAGCAGCAAGAUCACCAUCAGCAGCAGCAGCAGCAGCAGCAGCAGCAACCCUCGCAGCUUCAGCAUCCGCAGCCCCAACAUGCGCCACAAUAUCUGCCUCAACAGCAUCAACACUCCCAGCCUCAGAAUUCUCAACUGCAACAUCCACAGCCGCAAUCGCAGUCGCAGCCUUUGCAUACACAGCAUAGAGAACCGCCAAGGCAAGAGAUGAGGUAUGAGCAGCUCCGUGAUAGUCGCCAGCCGCCGGCGACACAGCUGCUGCCAAUGAUGCCAGGAGGAGGAAAUCACACUAUCGGGAUACCGAGUCAGUCUAGACCGCAGAAUCACUCAAUCCCUCGAGUAUCGCCGUACUCAACACCCCCCCCGAUUCGUGAAAAUCCUUACAAUCCUCCUCCGCCGCCACCACCACCUCCGCCCAGAGAUAGAGAGCUCAACCCAUAUGCGUCUGUGCGUGAAUCUAGCUCUUUACGCGAGUCUAGUUCAUACCCUUCUACUCCUUCGAACGAGCCGGCCCCCCAACAAGUAUACUCUCAAGCGGGACAUAGACAAUCGUUGCCACACCAACAGCAGCCACAAACGCCUCUGUACCGUGGUCACUAUGUAAACCAACCGCCGCAGAGGCCAGCUACGUUCUCCCCUUCAUCAUACUCACGGGGCGGAGGUGGUCCAUACGCUCCGCCGCCGAUCACCACUUCGUCGCAUCAUCAACAUCAUCCUCAUGGGCAACAGCAGCAGCAGCAGCAACAGCAGCAACAACAGCAGCAGCAACAGCAGCAGCAGCAACAGCAGCAGCAGCAGCAGCAACAGCAGCCGCAGCCGCAGCAUCCGCAUCCGCAUCCGCAUCCACAUCCGCACCACCCACAUCAGCCUGCUCCCCAACAGCAGCACCCCCAGCAGCACCAGGGGUCGUUGGGGCAUCAACAUCAGUUGCAGCAACAGCAACAGCAGCCGCCUCCGCAUUAUUCGCACACGCCACCGCCUUCGCAACCACGGGAUUAUCAUCAUCAAGGUCCGCAGGAUAUGGGAUAUUAUAGAAGAAACCAAAAGAGUUGCGCAGCUUGCGCUUUAGGGCGGUCAGAUCAUAUCUUAAUUAUUGCAGCUCCAGUGUCUUAUGACCAGCUUACGGACUUACUACUAGCCACUGGAGACUCCUCCUUAUUUAUAUUAUAUCCACUUCUUCUGAGACAAUCCUAA